UUCCAUUUCCCACUAUGCUCUAGUGAGUAAAUGCAGACGGCACGACGUUGCGUAUUUUGUGAUUUUAAAUGUCUAGAUUUUUAAAGGGACGUAAAUAAAUGGACGGAAGGUGAUUCUAUCAGUGACCACGUUGUACGCAAACAUCGUCUGACCAUGAUGACCCCCGACUCCACUCAGUCUGACACCAAGGGCACCUCCAAGGUCACUGUCAGUAAACGGAAGAGUCCAUCCUCCAGCGGGGGUGAUGGUAAAGCAGCUCAUGACAGCAAACAGACCGAGGCCAAGAAGAAACCAAAAGUGUCCAGUAAAACCAGUAAGCCUAAGGUUAAGAAAAAGUCCAAGAAGAGCAGUUCUCCUCACACAGAAAACAGGGAGAAGCUGGAGAAUGAUGAAGAUGCAGAGUGGAUGGAUCUUAGUCUGGACCUCCAGCCCAUCGGGGCCUACAUCAAAAACAGAGAACAAAUGUUGGAUGAGAUGUUGAAGACAAUUAAAGGGGAGAAGCUGAGAUCCAUGCUGCCUGAAGUCAUGAAGAAAUGUCCUUUGGAGGAGCUGAGAACUUUGUGUCUGGACCAGUUGGAAGUCAUGUCCAAAAAGAGACUACAACACAUCCUAGCAGGUGAGGAGAUGACAUCCUCUUCUGACACAGACGACACCACAGAUGAGGAUGACACUAGAUGUAGCAAGCGAGAGGCCAGCAGUAGCAUGUUGGAGAGUAGUGCAGUGGUAGACUCCACCUGUACUCCCACAGAUGACCAGGAGGACGUUGACCCCAGCGGAGCCGGUGAACCCUCCGGAGUGACCACCAAGUCCUCCGGAGAAAACACUCCGGCGCUCAGCCUCAGUCCCGACCAUGGAGAGCUCGACAACCUGUUCGCCAACGAAAACAAACCAGAUGCUUCCGUCCCGGAGGCCACAACAACAGACGAAACAGGCAACGCUAAUCAAGAACAUUCUACGAACGCAGCCGAAACGUCUGAUAGACUAGAAUCAACGAAUAUCCCACCAGACAAUGACAGUGCAGUUGGAGAUGGUACAUCAGAUAUACAGGAGGACAUCAACAGAACUGUUAACAGUAUUAUUGGAGGAGGUGGGGGAGAACUCCCCAAAGCCACCGCUCCUCAAGGGUUAGCGGAAGAAGGAAAUGAAGAUGUUGCCGUGCCAACUAAGACACAGAUGGAGAUUUUGGAGCUGGAGUUACGAGCACGCGCCAUCAAAGCUCUCAUGAAACAACAGGAGCUUAGAGAAAAGGCAGCCAACGACUCAACUUCUUCUUCUUGAAGGCAAUACUUAAAAAAUAUGUAAAAUCUUACAAGUUUGUUUGUUACUAUAUAAGCAGGGCUUGAAAUACUUUUUUUCUGCAUACCCGUACAUGGUGGUGCAGGUAACAUUAAAAAUUAACUGCACCAAUCAGAAGCUAGGAUGUACAUGUAUGUAUGGAUCAUACUAAAUAAAAACUGUUCAGAAAGAAUUGCCCUUAUUUCUUUUAUACAUCAUAUUUGGUAGCAGAGAAUGCAGAAAUAAAAUCCACAUGCAUAUGCUUCUACAUUUAUAUGUAUUAUAUUCAGUAUUUAUAUACAGGGGGUAUUUCAAGCCCUGUUAGAUUCUCAGCAAUGUCAGCCUUACCAAUACAUGUAAAUGAGGUUAGUGUGUAAGAAUCAGUAUUCUAGCCAGGGUCUGUCUUUCCAUCCUUUGACGGAAUUUUGCCGCUCAUGACGGACAAAAAUUUUGCCCAAUCUGUCAUCUUUGAUGGAUAGAAAAAUCAUUGUGUAAAGACAUGUAAAAUAUAUGCCAUUAAACUACGCUUAGUCUAUCAGCCAAAUUUGCCUCCCAAAAUACUGUAAAUAGCAUUUCAGAGGGUCAAGGUUUCAAAAUUUUCCCAGGGGAACAUGUCCCCAGACCACCCCUACAUGUAGGAGUAUCAAACGCCAUGAACCAUCAGGUCUUGUAAUUACGCAUGUAUGUUACGUCAAACAAAAUUGAGAUGAUGGAAAAAAAUUUCAGGCUGGCUAGAAUACUGGUAAGAUUUCCAGUUUCAGACGGUAUUACUUACAACAGAAACAGGUCUUUCUGAAGCCAGUGAAGGCGUUGAAUCUAUAAAGUAGGAGCAUGCAUUUUACGUGUGUGCCGAAUUUCCUGGACAACUGUAAUUCUCAUUGUACAUGGGUCUGUUGUCAUAGCGCUAUCACUUAUAAGAUAUUCUCUCCUUUGUGUUCCUGGGCUGGAAAGUGUGACUUUCCACUUCUUCCAUUGGUACAAUACAUUUUGAUUAUUGCUGCCA